AUGUCUGCUGCGCACAAGCCAGAAGAGCAGGAGGAUCAGCGGAAGAGGAAGAGAGCACAUGCAAGCAAGGAGCAGCUGGAGGAGUUUUUCGCUGGCAACGCAAAUCCCAGCGCUGCCGAGAAGGCCAGCUUGGCAGAGCAGUCCGACCUGACCGUCCAGCAGGUGUCCACAUGGUUUGGAAACAGGCGCAAGAAGGCUCGCUUGGCCCAAGCAGCGCAAGCGGACGGUGCCGCAGGGCCAGCUGCCGCUCAGGCGCCUGAGCCAAUCAUCAUAGAUGACGAGGACGCAGAUAUGGCCGCUGAGGAUAUGGUGGAGAGUUCAGAGCAUGCUGCCAGGACCGCCGUGGCAGAGCCAGCUGCAUGCAUGCCAGAGCAGCAGGCAGGGCCGCCUGCAACUCCAGCAGCAGUGUGUAGCGUGCACAGAGAAGAGCAGAUCAAGCAGCUGAAAGAGGAGAUCGCAGAACUGGAGAGCUAUGUCACCUCACGGCCCCAUCCCAUCGUCACCUUGGACUUUGCGAAAUUUGAGUUUAUCCUGCAGAAAAGCCAGGUGGGGAUCUGGUUGGUGGGCUGCAGUCUGCCACUGUCAGAGGCCACCGAGAAGCUCUGGUACCACUGCAAAGGCGACUACAACCCCGGGUCACCCCUCACAAAGGCGGCCAUCCGCAACAUGAUCAUCGAGGUCGCCGCGCGAAAGAGCUAUGCUGCCAAAGACGCUGGCAGUGACAAAGUGGAUGCGCUGGAGGACACAACAGCCAGUUUCCUGUGGCAGUGGGAGGUGCGGGACCAGAAGUACCUGCCUGUGGCCCACCGCAAUGAGGGCAUCCAGCACAAGAAGCAGAUGCGAAAGGUGGCGGCUCGCCUGACGGCGCUGGCCGCAGCGUGCAAAGCGCUGGAGGGCAAGGGCACAGACAAGCAGGUGGCGAAGGCGCUGGCUAAGCUCGACAAGCUUGAGAAGCCCCUGCUGAGCCCAGCUGCAGCCGCCGCAGACUCAGCUGCGGAGAACCCGAGCGCCUCGCAGCCGGCCCCCGCUGGUGGGGAAGGGACUCCCGGAGCGGAUGCGAGCAGUGUGCCAGCGGCUGACAAGGAGGCGGACGAGGCAGAGAAGGCCAAGCCUGCCCAGGAGAAGCAGGAGGCGGAUGCCCAGAAGGAGCUUGCUCGGCUAGAGAAGCAGAAGGCUGCUGAGGAGAAGGAGAGGGCGCGCAUUGAGGCAGCCAGGGAGAAGGAGCGCCAGCGCCUGGAGAAAGAGGCGCAGAAAAAGGAGAAGGAGGCCGAGAAGGAGAGGCAGAGAGCUGCAAAGGAGGCGGAAAAAGAGCGGCAACGGGCUGAGAAGGAGGCUGCAAAGACAGGAUUCGAGUCGCGUGACGCCCUGUGCAAAUCCCGCAAUCUCAUGAACAGGUUCUUCAAGACGCCAGCGAAGACUGGCGGUGAAGCCGAGGGCGGCAGCAGCCAGCCGCUCAAGACUCCCAUGUCCGCGCUGCCGCUGCGACACCCCUUCCAUGAAAUCUUUACCCCCGCCCCCGAAAGCGCACGGCUGCCCGUGCCCGAGGACAUAAGCGCAGCAUUUGAUGAGGCAAUUGCGGCGGCCAAGCAGCGUGGUGUGUCUGAGCUGGAGGAGGGCAUGCAGCACAUCAGGCAAUCUUGGAAGUCCCGGCCGCGGCAUAAGCGCAUCCGAGGUCCGCCCUCUGAAAAGCGUGAAAUAAUAAUAAUAAUAAUAAUAAUAACAACAACAACAAUAAUAAUAAUAAUAAUAAUAGUAAUAAUAAUAAUAAUGACAAUAAUAAUAAUAAUAAUAAUAAUAAUAAUAAUAAUAAUAAUAAUAAUAAUAAUAAUAAUAAUAAUAAUAAUAAUAAUAAUAAUAAUAAUAAUAAUAGUACUAAUGAAAAUAAUAAUAAUAGUAAUAAUAAUAAUGAUUGAAGAGUUUGGGCGGCUGGAGAAGGCGCGGCUGUGGCGCCGCAAAUUUCUGUGGUUCGCCGCCUCCAAGCGCCCGGCCUACUACGGGUCGUGGUCCGCCGCCAGCCCAACAGUGACGGGGCGGCGCCCGUUGGCGAGGGACGAUGCGCUGGACUAUGAGGUCAUGAGCGACGAGGAGUGGGAGGAGGAGCCCGAGGGAGAGAACCUGUCGGACGAUGACAUGGAGGAGGAAGAAGACGAGGCGGAGGAUUCGUGCGGGGACGGAUUUGUGGUGCCCAACGGCUACAUCUCGGACGACGAGGGCGUCGCAUCCGUGCAGCAGGACCUCGACGAUCUCGCCGCCGAGCUCGACGACGAGGCGACGGGUGCGGAGGUGGCGGCCGGCGGCGACGCAGUGCAGCGCGACCGGCUGCGGCUGCUGAAUGCGGCGCUGGACCGGGCGACGCGCGCGAAUCGGCCCAUCAUCAUCACGCGCCUGCCGAUGCCGCCCGCGCCGUCCCAGGACUCCGCGCGGCCCGCCCACCUCACCGGCGACCCCGCCCUCCUCUCCGCCCUCCAGCCUCUGGUCCUGACGACCAAGGUCAAGAUCCGGAUGCUGCCGCCACCAGAGACCGAGGACGCUCCCGGGGAUGUCGCCGCGGACGGCGCCGCGGGGCCGGCAACAGCGCGCGGCCGCGGCCGGGCGGCCGCGCAGGAACAGGAGGAGCUGACGCCAGACUUGGUGCAGUUCCUGCUCUCGCACCCCGAGCUCAAGGCGGUGGCCAAGGUCGCAAAGGCGUUCACUGAGGCGCACCCGGAUCGCAAGGUGGUGAAGAAGUGGGUACACAACAAGGUGAAGGACAUCGCGGAGCACUCCGGAGGCGCCUGGGUCAUCAAACAGAGCUCUGCCAGUGCCCAGCAGCCAGCCGAUGCCGAACAGUCUCCAGCAUCCACACCAUUGCAGCCGCGCCCAUCCUCUGCAGACCAGCCGCCGCUCGCAUCACACCCGGCUGGCGAAGCUGCGACUUCAGCGGCGGUGACCCCCGCCACUGCCGGCCCUCUGGACCGUUUCCUGCGCGCCGGGUCACAGCCGCAGGCCACGCCGCAGCCGCAGCGCGCGGCUGCUGCCGCCGCUGUGCAGGGACUCGGGGAAGUGGUAAUUUUGGAUGAGGACGAAGGCGCUCCUGCCCCUAUGGACGUGGACGCACCACCAGCUGCCGCCGCUGCGCAGACGCCCAGCACCAAAGACGAGAUACGGGGGACGGCGGAUCCGUUCUGGAGGGGGCUGGCGGAGAGCAUCGCGGCAAACAGCCUGCAGGUGGCGGAGCAGCUGCAAAGGGGGUUUAAGGCGAGCGCGGCAGGGGAGUUGGUGCGCGCGGUGCCGAGCUUUGUGCUCACGGCGAUGGUGAAGGGCUUGGCGAGCGGGCAGUGCUCGCGGCUGCUGCAGUCCUGCCUGCUCAAGGCGCUGGCGCAGCUGCUGCGCCUGCUUGUGGCGGCCGGGGACACUUCCAACCGCGUCCCCACCCCUACCAAGGUGUUUAGGGACGAGCGGUCUGCCCCGGUGGCGGUGUCUCUGGAUGAGAUGCUGGCCUGCCGCAGCCUGCUGGGCGCGCUGCAGGCAUGCAUGCGCGCCAAACAGAACCGCAUGCCGCAAGUCGCGCAGCCCGCCGCCCAGCUGCUCGCGGCGAUGCUAGCGGUGGGUGCUGCUGAGCUGGGCACCCCGGCGGCCGGGUCACAGGAAUCCCAGCAGCCAUCUCUGGCAGCAGCGGCGAUCAAAGAAGCCGCAGAGCUGCGCUUGCAUGUGGCCCGGGACGACGCCUGGCAUGUCCUCUUCACAGAACUGCUGGGGCCCACAAGCGAUGCCUCUGUGGUGGAAUGCGUCGCGAAGACUCUCGGCACGAUCGGCCGUGAUGCAGCAGCUGCACGCACACUGCUGCAGCGGUACUCGGACAUCUUCAGCGACAAGGAAUUGCAUGGGAAGCUGCAGAAGCUGCUGCUCGCCGCCUCCGCGGUCGCCACCAAGCAUCGGCAGAAGCGGGCCAUGGAGGACUGCCUGAGCUUCCUGGGUGACCUGCUGUCACUCCAAGAGGCAGACGGGCCGGUGAGAAAUGCGACAGCCGUCACGAGCUUUGGCGCCCUGCUACGAUCGCUGGAAGAGACUGUCAGCGCCCACAUUCCAAGCGAGCCGGCUGACCCUCCAGCUGGGAACACCCGAUGCCUCCUUGCCGCCCUGAAGGUGGGGGCAUUUGCAGCGAGGUUCGCAACAACCCACAAGCAAUGCCUGAGCGCCAUGCAAAGGUCGCUGCCCGGACCAAUUGCAGCGCAUGAGAGUGUAUGGGAGAAGCUCCAGGUGGCAGACAUAGCGCAGGCACUGCUGGCACAGCUCAGCACUGCCCCGCCACAAUAG